AUGCUAGUUGCAGCAGCAGCAGCAACAGCUACGCCUGGCUCCUACCUUCAAUUAGUAUCUGCUCGGAGUACAUCCGACGAUGCUGUAAACGGACAACUCAACUUUCGUACAAUCUCUGCUGGAGAUGCGGCACAUAUCUGGUGCCUGGCUAGGGUUGACGUAACCAUAAACCUUCUCAGCGCCAUUUGCAAUCUGCCGGCCAGCACAGCGGUACUUUGCAAUAGCUAG